CUCCAAACCAUUUUCCUUCCUCGCACAUACCCUUUUUGUGUCUACGCGAUUUUUUUAUUAACGACAUUCAAAGCAAUGAUAGCACGCAUAGGUUUUGUCGAAACCUGGUGGUGCUGAUAAUAAGUUAUGGUAUGGCGAUGGGCAUACCAUUGGGUACAAUGUUAGACUCUAUCGAAACAGUCACUUAUGCUGCAGAAAGUUAAAAAAAAAUCACUGCGCCUUUCUUUUUUCCUUGCUUUCAAACCAUUUCAAACGAUCCCAAGAGCAUGCCACCGAAAGUAGUUGAACCGGCGAUCGCAUAUAAUGAAGUAUCCACCGAGAAUUUCAGGGCGCUCUAUCCUAUCAUACUCGAGAAAAUAGCCCAUGCCAGUUACAUUGCCAUUGACACUGAAUUCACCGGUCACGGUGAACGAGUCGCCACCAACAUGGAACACCGAUACAAGACCAUCAGUGCCGUCAUACGAACGCACGCCAUCUUAUCCUUUGGUAUGACGAUCAUCAAUCGUACCGAUGAGCCGAAUGUAUUUUCAGUCCACAAUUUUGAAUUCCUCACAAGCAAUCAGGAGGACUUUUGUGUGACGCCGCAGAAUCUCAAAUUUCUGGCCGACAAUGGGCUGGAUUUCACUCGUCACUUUUCGGUAGGCAUUCCUUACAAAGCCGGGACCCAAAGUAAUCCGGAGCCUUACAGUUUGCGGCAAUUAUGGUGUAGCAUUCUUCAAAUCAUUCGGCAAAAACAAAUUCCAAUCGUCGUUCACAACGGUAUCCUUGAUCUCAUGUACAUCUAUCAAAGUUUUAUUGCCGAUUUGCCUCAGGCACUACAACCCUUCAUCGCCGAUCUUACCGAAAUCUUUUCCGGAGGCAUCUAUGAUACCAAAUAUCUUGCUUCGCACGUCACCAACGAACCGAAAACAUUCUUAGCCUACCUGUACUGCAAAUAUGAUCGUCUCAAUCAUGGGGACCACAGUUUCUCGAUCCGAGUGGAGGAUCCUUUACCCGUGCCAGAACUUUCUUUAGCGGACCAAGAGUCCCCAAAACGACUACGCGACAACGCUUCCACACCCUUAAGUCGAUCACAGAAACGUCGAAGGCGGCUACGACGCGAUGCGGGUGAUGAAUCGUCAGAGGGUGGUGUCUGUGCGGAGUAUGCACAAAAGGGAUGGUGUCAUCGUGGUAAAAGCUGUCCACGGUCGCAUGAUUUACAGCUGAUUCUUGAUAAAGAUGAUAUUCCACCCAGACCGGUCAAAGCAGACGAAGCAUCUGUAACUACUAGUGAUAACACCCAGAGUGAAAAUGAAACCUCGACGAAUACCGUUGCGGAGGACUCUGUGGCAGAUGUACCAACCCCCACGUCCGAACAAGAAGAACCGAAAAAACGAAGAGAUCAUGCUGCUCAUUUUGAUGCCUACAUGACCGCCUUUGUCUUUUGUCAUUUCGGGAUGACUCUGGGCAAAACCCUUUCAUCCCACAUCAAUCGACUCAAUAUUGUACGACUUCAUGUCCCUCUACGAAUCGAGAAAAGCGCCUAUACAAAACCGAGUGUCGCUUGGACCGAGUUAAGGGACCGCCUCUGGGAUGACGCCGCCGACAGCAGCAUUAGCGAAGAAACGACCUGAUCUCGAAGAACCACUCUCUCGUAUACUGCCAUACUUCGAUCAUGGGAAAAGACAAGUUGCAAUCGCAUACAUAAAAUUUCACAAUUCGAGUUUUCGGAGCAUACAAAAAACAUCAACCGACA